CUCAGGAUGGGAGUCACAUGAUGAGGUCAAACUACACUUCAGAUGAGAAGGGAUUUCUAACAACACAAGAUCGAGAGUAUUCUAAUCUAAUAUCGAGAACAGCAGCAUACAUCAACAAAUACAGUAGCAAUGAGUUUGAAAGCCUUUACUCAAGUGCAAGUCUAUGAAAAACUUCCCAACCCUAAAGAAAAAUACAAAUUCAGCAUCCAUAGCCUGGAGUGUUACGACAGAAAUAUAUACAUUGGAACCAAAGACUCAUUGGUCCAACACCUUAUCCUACCCAGCACCAGUGACUCGAAGGACUCCAGUCAAAGUCCUCGGGAGGGGAGGGUGAAACUGCUAGGCUCAAGCAGCCCAGUCACCCAAUUAAGGGUGAUACCAGUUCUCAAUCACCUUCUGGUUCUGUGGGAUCGUUCCGUUAGCGCCCUCAACAUGUUCUCCCUAGAACCCCUUCCUUUCCUGAAGCGGAUCCAACACGUGUCUUUCUUUGAGGUGUGUGAAUCGGCACUGUCAACCUCAUCGCAGUCUGUGUUUGUGGAGCUGGUGACAGCCUCUAGCAGAAGCAGAGUGGUCCGCAUCCAUGUUGUGGGGGUGGAGAGAUGGGAUUGUGUAAAAGAGGUGUCUCUACCCCAGGACCCUGUGGCCUUAGCUGUGGAUGAUAACACUUUCUGUGUGGCAACCAGUGACAGGUAUUUCCUCCACGAUCACAAGAGUGGAAGCACCGUUGAUCUCUUCCCUCACAACCUGAGCAGGCAGAAUAUCAUUGUGAGCACCGCAGGAAAAGGGGAAUUCCUUUUAAAUGGGCCCGGCUCCUUGGGCAUGUUUGUCAUGAAGAAUGGCAUAUGCCAGCGGCCACCAGUGCAGUGGUCUGAGGAGCUGUUGGCAGCGGUGGUGUGUUACCCCUACAUCCUGGCCCUGCAGCCUCAGGCUCUCUAUAUCUACAGUAUGGUGGAUCAGCAUCUUAAACAGACUGUGCCUCUGCUUAGGGCCAGGGGCCUGCUCUCAACAACAGAGGGUGUGUACAUUUUUAUGGAGAGAGAGAUCAUCGGUUUGUCCCAUGUACCAUUUGAGGAGCAGAUCCAAACCCUGGUAAGGUAUGAGAGAGUGGAGGAGGCAUUGGGACUGCUUGGUGGAGUUCAAGCUCAUCUUCCACAGGUUUCUUACAAGGAGCUGCAUAAGAUCAUCACUUGCAUGGAUGGAUUCAUUAAAUUCUACCAGGAGUCUUUUUCAGAGGCCAAAGAACUUUUUAUCAAAGGUGAGUUGGACCCUAGAGAAAUCAUCAGCUUGUAUCCAGAGAUGGAACCACUCUGUGAGACCUUUCAUUCCCAGCUGGUCAAAGUGAACAACGCAAAGGAGCUCUUGGCACUACGGCAAGAGGACAGGACCACAUUUCAACAGUAUCUAGACUUCCUGGGCGAUUUCCUAAGGGUGGUUCGAGGGACGAAGCAGGGAGUUGAGUGCAGUGAGGAUAUCGAUACUGCACAACUGAGAAUAUACACAGAGCAAGGUGACAGAGAAGACCUGGACGCACUUGUGUCCUCUCCCAAUUCCUGCUCAAUCGACAAAUGUGUGCCUCUCCUUGAGCUGCACAAGAGAUUUUUCACACUUGGAUUACUCUACCAGAGUCAUGGUCACCAUAUCAAAGCAAUCCAGACUUGGGUGAAAAUUACUGAUGGGCAAUAUGAAGACAGCUCAUGUUCAAAUGUGUAUGAGCACAUUGUGAGAACUCUCAGUCGACUAAAACAGAAAGACGUCGUUUGGACGUUUGCAGACUGGGCUCUCCAAAGAAACCAGGAGGUUGGAAUACAGAUUUUCACAAAAAGAGAUCCAGAAGACCAAGACACAUUUGCACAGGACGAUGUCCUCACUUUUUUAAAGAAGUACUCUCUAGCUUUGAUGUUGUUCCUGGAAUUUUUGGUCCAUGAUUUGAAAAGUGAGGAGGAGAAGCAUCAUACCCUUUUGGUCACCGCAUAUGUCACCCAGAUACUCAGAGCCUUACAGAAUGGAAAGGGUACGGAUUCAGAUGGAGGAAUGACCAGAGAUAAACUGCAACAGUUGCUGUGGCAGUCUUCCCUCUAUGACACCAUGACAGUACAUGAGGCCAUCCAGCCGACAGUCCUGCACAUAGAGCAGGCCAUCCUGCUCGGGAGAGAUGGUGACCACAAUCAGGCCCUACAGACCUUGGUCCACAAAGAGAGAGACCUCCAGGUUGCAGGGGCCUACUGCAGGAGGGCUGCUGGAUGGCAGGAAAGGGAACUGGAACACACACUUUUCCUCACCCUGCUCCAGAUCUACCUGGGCUCCAAUGAGCUAGCAAGUGCAGCUGUGGACCUGUUGAAUGCCAAUGCUGCUGCUUUUGAACUGGAAAUAGUCCUUCAGGUUCUGCCGGAUUCCUGGUCUGUUCAGCUGGUCUCCCAGUUCCUGUUGGGGUCUCUUAGAGGGACUUUCCAUCAAAGACGAAUGGCAGGGGUAGAGAGGGGCCUGGCCCAGGUAGAACUCCUUAGACACAAGUACACUUGGGCCCAAGCCUCAAAAAGAAUGCUGAAAUUGGAUAAGGGUCUGGUGUGCAAUACCUGCCAGAAGGAUCUCACAGAGCCAGAGUUUGUGUGUAGUCUUAGGGAAGUUGUUGAGAGUCGGAGGAUCUACAAUGAGUAAUUUUGAACGCAACAGAACCAUUCAACAGGGCUAUUCCUGAGGCAAUGGGAUCCACCUGGGUCCUGAAUUGUCAGACGUGUUUCAUGUCCACUUCUCAUCUCUAGCUCAUUGGGGUUUCUACACAGCAGAAUCUCCAGUAUUGAAUCAACACUGAUAGUUUUAAAUUUAACUCUGGGCCAAUGUGUAUAUGGGUCCACACGUUGCAGUGUUAAAUUAACACUGCGCUUGGUGCUAACGCUGUUAUGCUUUGUCAGUGUUAGGCAAUAACACCUCAUAUAGUACUUUUAACCAUUAUGAAUAGGUUGCUCAAUGUUGGGUUAAGGGCAUUACAAUAUUAUUUACAACUCUUUAUUUUCACAUGUUCUUAUAUCAGCAUUUACAAAGAACUGUCAAUGGACAUGCUCAAACUUGAAUCUUCUACCUCUUUGUGUGGAUUUCCCGGAAGACGAGACACUUUGUUACUCAUUGCUGCCUUUCACAGUUUGGAAAGUGCAUUACAUAUUUGUUCACAAAAAAGGGAAAAGGGAAAUGGAGAAAAAAGGAAAUUGCACUGUCAUCUAACCCUAUAUAUAUAUAUAUAUAUAUAUACACAGUACCAGUCAAAGUUUGGAAACACCUACUCAUUCCUGGGUUUUUCUUAAUUUUAUUUCUCCAUUGUAGAAUAAUAGUGAAGACAUCAAAACUAUGAUAUAACACAUACAGUGGUUCGUCCUUUAAAAGUUGCAGCGUACUGCAACACAGCUUGCAUGGCCAACCACUGGUACCAUUGAUGCUAGUUAGUGCUAGUUUGACCACCAGAAGGCAUCUUUGAGAAGCAUUUGAUGGCCUUCAAUAGUGGCUGCUCCCAAGGAUGAACCAGACUUGUGGAGGUCUACAAUUUUUUUCUGAGGUCUUGGCUGAUUUCUUUUGAUUUUCCCAUGAUGUCAAGCAAAGAGGCACUGAGUUUGAGGGUAGGCCUUGAAAUACAUCCACAGGUACACCUCCAAUUGACGUCAAUUAGCCUAUUAGAAGCUUCUAAAGCCAUGACAUCAUUUUCUGGACUUUUACAAGUUGUUUAAAGGCACAGUCAACUUAGUGUAUGUAAACUUCUGACCCACUGGAAAUGUGAUACAGUGAAAUAAUCUGUCUGUAAACAAUUUUUGGAAAUAUGACUUGUGUCAUGUACAAAGUAGAUGUCCUAACCGACUUGCCAAAACUAUAGUUUGUUCACAAGAAAUUUGUGGAGUGGUUGAAAAACGAGUUUUAAUGACUCCAGCCAACUGUACCUGCUAAUAGCCAUAAUGACUCUGUACAACGUGACUGUGUAUGUUUGAAAGAGCAUUUUCCAGUAAGCAACAAUUUGUUUCAAUAAACAACUUAUGUUUCUGUAA